AUGGAGAAUGCGGCUGAGAAGGGCGGCGGCGACGGGGAGGAGGGAGGGAGGAGGAGGAAGCUGACGCAGGGGCGGAAGAAGAUCCCGAUGGAGCGCAUCGAGGACGCCAAGAGGCUGCAGGUCUGCUUCUCCAAGCGCCGCAACGGCCUCGUCAAGAAGGCCUUCGAGCUCUCUGUGCUCUGCGGCGCGCAGGUGGGGCUCAUCGUCUUCUCCCCCGCCGGCAAGCCCUACACCUACGGCCACGGCUCCCUGGAAGCCGUCCUCGACCGCCUCGUCGACCCUUACGCCUCCUGCCCCGCCCCUAACACGGAGGAGGCUGCGGCAAAGGCGACGCGCCAGAUGGAGCUGCGCGAGCUCCUCCGCAAGGAGGAGGACCUGAUCAAGGCCCGCGACGCGGAGCUACGCAGGGGGGAGGAGCUGGAGGCGAAGAUGCGCGCGGCCGGCGUCCGGAUCGACGGCGACUUGCGUGGCUGGGAGCUGCCGGAGCUGCAUGCCGCUCUUGGCGCGCUCGAGAGGGUCCAGGCGGAGGCCGCGGUGCGGGCGCACGAGAUCUUCGCCCAGGAGGACAUGAUGCAGCAGUGCCCCGGCGGCGGCAGCCUCUUCGGCUACCUCGGAUCCGGUCCUUCCUGCACGCCCGAUGCCUCUGGCAGCCAUGAGGAGGAAGCCAUGGACACCACGAUGAAACUGAUGGAGGUCGGCGCCGGCAACAACCUCUUCGACUACCUCGGCUGCUCUGGUUCCUUCACCGACGACAGCGGCACCGGCAGCCAUGCGUUGACCCUGGACACUACGAUGAGGCUGCGCGGCAGCCUGUAUCACUACGACUGCUCCGCCCCGUUCGCGACGACCUACGGCGCCGACGGCGGCCAUGAUGGCAUGGUCGAUACCACGAUGAAGCUGAUGGGCGGUGACGUCGGCCAUGCGCUCGCGCCGAUGGUGCUACCGUCGCCGCCACCUCUUCCUCUGCAUUUCAACCAUGGCUAUGGCUACAACAACCUUAGCGCGGGCUAUGGCUACUUCCAAGGAGAUAAUGGCCCCUUCUACCACCGGGAGAAUUGGUUAUUUACCCAAAACUUCACCAGCCUUGGAUCAUCUACCCAAAGUUCAUUGUACAUUGGUAAAAUAACCAGCAAGGACUUGAGAGUAAAAAAAGAACUACAUCAGGACCCUAAUUAG